CUGACCUCCACCGUAUUCAUUUCAAGUCCAGCCAUCUGAUCGUUCGUGGGUGACGAAACAACCCUGCAGAUCUUUUCCGCCUGUUCGACGAACGUCCGAGAUCCUCGUUAAUUUCCAAUUUUUUCUUUCUAAAGGAAAAGAUGAGAAAGAUUGUGUUAAUAGGACUGGUCGUCGCGACGAUCCUUUCUACUACUUUUGCACGUGAUUUGCCUGAUUUUCUACACGUUUGCAAAAGAAAUGAUCCAAAUCUGGGUGACUGCAUCAAGAACAGUGUGGAGAAUUUCAAACCACACUUACACUCUGGAUUACCAGAAUACAAUAUUCCAUCCUUGGAACCAUUGUUCCUGAAAGAAUUGGUGGCUACUACAGGAGCUAGCAUCAGACUAAAGCUGUCGAACAUUCGUGUCAAUGGUGCCAGCAAUUUUGCUGUGACGAGAUUGAAGGCCAACGUGGACACUCUUCGUUUUGUCAUCGAACUGGAUCUCCCAAGGCUCUCCAUAAACAGCGACUACGAAGUAGAUGGAAAAGUUUUACUGCUACGAAUCCAAGGAACAGGACUCCUGAAUGGAAACUUCACAGAUUGCAAAGCAUUGGUGAAGAUCCAGGCUGAAGUAACGAAAGGGCAGGACGGUCUGAAUUACGUGACGAUAGUCGACCUGAAAACAAAAAUAUCAGUUGGCAGUGGUGAUCUGAAGUUAAACAAUCUAUUCGGUGGCGAUCCAGUCUUAGGCGAAGCUGUUAAUGGGGCCAUCAAUAGUAAUUUCGAUGCCUUCAUCGACGAAUUGAAACCCGCCCUUGAAAAUGGUAUUUCUGAAACAUUCAUCAAAAUUGCAAAUGGUAUUCUAUCGCAAUUUACAUACGAAGUACUUUUCCCACUUUCUUAAAAAAUUUCUUUCAUUCUGUUGUAAAUUGACAAUCGACAGAGAGUUUUGUAAAAGAUGUUGAUGGAAGUGAAUAUUUUUUAGUCUUCAAGCUUUUGCUUUAUAAUAUUUAUCAAAAUGAAGAAGAAAAUAUUUUUGAUUAAAAAAUUUGAUAAAAAAUUAAAAAAUUCAGAACUGUUUAAUUUUUAAGGUAUCUUCUUUAAAGUUUCUAUUUUAUAUUUUGUAUUAUUUGAAUAUUCGUAUGUAAUUUUUUAAAUAAAGAAGAUAGGAUGUCAUAGACCAUCAUUGAAAUACUCUUUUCUUAUUGAUAUUGUCUUAUUAUCGUAAUUAUAAUAAUGUAAUUAUAAGGCAAGGGGUUAAAGACCAUUGGAAUCAUAUUGAAAUUUGAAUAUGGUUUGAUAAUUUAUACUUUACUCGUGGAAUAUUUGUUGUAAAUAUAAACGAUGAACAAAAUUGGAAAAA